AAAGCGGUAGGUGGAGUUUCUCCUCUCUCCUGUCCCCAGACCUGAGUUUGGGUCAUAGCGGUUGGGUGUUGCCACUCUCCGGUCUCCCUGCUGGUAACUCCAACAGUCCUGGUCCCCUUCCCCAAACUAACUUUAAAUCAAAUCCAAAGUGAGAGAUCGUCCCCAGUCAUCAAAACACUGCAAUGGAUCAACACAAAUAUCGCACGGCGGGUGUCCCGGAGAAGCUGGAGAUCAUCGGGGUGGAGGACGAAGCUGGGAACCCAAUCAGUGCCCUGACCAUCUUGUCUCUGCUGGAACGCGUGGCUGGCAUCAUCGACAACGUCCAGUCCUGCCAGCAGCGCAUGGAGGAGCGUCAGCUGGAGCUGGAGAACAACAUCAAAACCAUCCAGGGCGAUGUCCUGAAACUGGCCAAGGACCACACCGACACCAGCGGCACAGUGGAGAAGCUCCUGCAGAAAACCCGCAAGGUCAGCGCCAACGUCAAGGAGGUCCGGACACGUGUUGAGAAGCAAAACGUCCGCGUCAAGAAGGUUGAAACCACGCAGGAUGAGCUUCUCACCAGAAACAAGUUCCGCGUUGUCAUCUAUCAGGGCGAUACGGAGAUCCCAUCAGUGGCCGUCACCAAGUCUCCCAAAGGAACCGGCCUGGAUGGGCUUGAGAUCGAGCCUGACUCCUACGAGGUCCCUGUCGACCUCUCCUCCGAUGAGGAGUACCUGAGUGUGGAAGAGGCCGACCCCUCCCGGGCUGCCCGCAUCAAGAAAUCUGUUGCGAAGAGUACAGAGACCCUGAAGGCCGCUUUCUCCAAGGAGAAGAUGAACAAAACCAAAGACAACCUGGGCACCAAGUUCCACAACCUGGGCGAGAAGGUCAUGCCAGCCGAGCGGAGGGACAAGAUGCACCAAGCUGGCGAGCGGCUGAAGCAGUCUGGCGAGCGGCUGAAGGAGAACAUCGCCAAGAAGGCUCCGACCAAAGAGAGCUUCCGCAUCAAGCUGAAGAAGGAGAGAGCAGUCGCUGAGGGCCAGGAGGGCGCCGAGGCUGAGACCGUGGAGCCAGCAGUGCUCCCUGGUGUCACCUACACAGAGGUCGCCAUGGAAACCAAAAGGGAGGGCCCUGUGGAGGAGGCCGGCGCCACCCGGAUAGGAGAAGAGGAUUGCACAAAGUAGAUCAGACGUCAGAUCAGACAACGACGAGGAGGGGGGACACUGGAGAAAGAUUGUAAUGCCCAGGAUUUAAAAAGAAGGUCUGUGAUUGUUCGUCAUCGAUGAUGGAUAUCUUUAUCCGCCAGAAUGUGUUAAAACAGAAGUUCUUGAGUUGGGAAUCGGUACUGACACCAGAAACUCAUCAGAACUGGUUAUUUAUGAAAUCUAUUUCAGAGUGUCACGUCAGUCUAUCAGAUGUUAUCUAUUUUUAACAAUUAAUUUAAACAACUUGACGUGAAUGUGAGAAUUUCUAUUUUGAAUGCACUAUGAAAAAUUCUGGUUUAGGAUUUGUUUGUCUAAUUUGUGAGUCCAAACUGAGGUUGAGGUUUAUUUGCACAGAGAUGGCAGAAAGGAAAGAAGGAAAGAAAGACAGUAAAUGGUUGAUAAAACUUUGAAAGUGAUGAUAAAUGUCGAACAGAAGUUCACAUGUUGAUCUUUUGUCUGGAUGUACAUAUGAUGUUGUACAUACUGCCUAAACUGGGGAGGUAAAAUUUGGUUUGUGUAGGACUCAGCUGGUCUCUGAGAUACCUGAAGAGAAAAUAGAACAAAAUGUAUCCAAUGUCAGACUGGUUUCUGUAUGCAAAAUAGUAGAAAGGAGAUUAAGUAAACUUUGCGGUGCUUAAAAGCAACCUCAGUGAACGCUUCGAAGUGUUGGGAUUUCAUUACCCAGAAAUGAGGCAACACGUGAUGAUUCAUGCUGCCUUCAUUUCAUGUGGUACAGAGACUAGAUGAGAAGUUAUCUGGAGUUGGCAGUACGAUGGGCAGAGAGUUGCUAAUGGAGGGAUAAAAUAUGGUUUACAGUUACCAUAGUAGCAUUAAAUUACAGUAAAGUAGUAGGGCUAAAUUGCCAUUUAGUUUCACUCCAUUCAAUCAGCCUCACAUUGUGUUCAUCAUAGCUGAUUAAUGGUUGUAAAGAUUUUGGAUGGAUGUAGCUAGCUAGUCAAUCUUAUUUGUAUAGCCCUUUCAACAACAAGGCAAUUCAAAAUGCUUUUCAUAAGAUAUGAAGGCAUUACGAAGAGAUAUAAUAUAAAAGACAUAUAUAUAGGUUUUUAAAUGAGUGAAAUAAAAUAGAAAGGCAUAAUUUAGAGUGGAAUAAAACAGAUCAAACAGGAGAGUAACAGUUACAGCGCAGCAACAGGAUAUAAAUGCUAUAUGGGCUGUAUGAUGCUUACAAAGUUUUCCUUGUUCUCCAACUGGUCAGUGAAUGCUACACCAGAUCUAUUUGAAUCAGUAAAUUGACCCGUCCUAUGUCCCGCUUUUAACAUUUGGCUAAUAUUAUCUAUUAAAUGUAACUAGCAAGCUAACAAUUGUUGUAGAUUAGAUAGCUAGUUAUUUAGUGUUCUGCUAACAGCUAAUUUAUGAAAUUUAUUUUCAACAUAGAUUAGUCUAGCAGCAAAAGUGAUUGAUGCUUGCUCAACUGUUAUUGGAGCACAUAGCAAAAAGGGGCGGGACUUAGGAAGGGUCAAUUGGUAAUGUGAACGGGCUCCCUUACAGCAGAGCUUUGUUCAAUUGUUAGUUGAAUUCAAAAGUUAGCAAUGUGUAAACAAGUGUCUCUUAACCGCUUGAACUCUUUAAAUUUCCCCUUAAGUGUCUUAACAUUUUGAAAACUAACUAACUAAAAGGUCCAGUGUGUAACAUUUUGGAGGAUCUAUUGGCAGAAAAUUAAUAUAAUAUUUAUAGGUAUGUUUUCAUUAGUGUAUAAUCACUUGAAAAUAGGAAUAAUGUUGUUUUUGUUACCAGCGUUACAAUUAAGCUGCUUUAUUUUCCCACUGAGUAAAAUAGUGAGAGUAUUUUUUAAUGGAUGCACUGGUCCAUCAAAUGGAAAUAUUCAACACUUUUCCUCAAAAUUCAGCAUGAAAGAUUUGGAAACUUUGGAAUUAUAAAGUUAUUUAAAUAAUAUAAUAAAGUUAUGAGAGUUUGACUUUAGAAAACAAAACAUUAAUUUGAUCAAAUCUUUACUCAGUGCAGCUUUAAUUUUGAUUGAGCAGCACAUUAAACUAAUGAAAACUUUGCAUGAACUUUAUAGCAACACAGUCACUUGUAUUUGUGGCAAAGCUUAUCUUGAUUGUCAUAUUUUAGACAUUAGACUGCAAUUACUCUUCUGAAAGUGAAUGUAGUGGAUUUAAGGUCGUCUGAGACAUGGUGUUUGGCGGCUUCAAAGCUUUUUUGAGCACUGCUGAAUUUUGCCGUAUGAAUGUUUUAAUUUUUUUUUUUUUUUUUUCAAUUUUGCUGCUUGAUAUUCAUAGUUUCUUUUGAAGUUCAGUGAGCAUACUGACUUUAUUCUCCAGGAGUGAUUAGUGAGGUCACAGCUUUCAUCGGGAUGAUAGGAUUUUCAGUCAUCAGGUACUUUUUAUGUAGCUCGGCUUAUAGUGCUGUCAUGAUAUAUCAGUACACUGUCUUAUUCUGAAAAAUACACUUCCUGUAUAGCUUUUAACUUACUACUGUAUUUAUGUUCCUGCUGAGUCAAACUGUGUUGAUGGUGAUUUUGAUGCAGUAGAUUGAUAGUAUUUGAUUAUAUGGUUGGAAGGUUUCAUCUCUUGGUUUCAUUCUUGAUUACAGCUCUGUUUCCAUGUUGCAUUUCUGUUCAUUUUUACAAUCAUCUCAAUCCAGUUUUAAUGCUUUACAAUGAAAAACAGCUGAUUGAGGACCUGUAUUGUUGUUGUUUUGGCCUGUACUGUACAAGCAGCACCAGACAUUAAUCAUUUUGUUUUGUUUUUGUAUAAAUAAAGUUCUCAUGAAACCUGUA